AUGGCGGUGCGUUCUGAUAAAACUGGUGUGAGGAAUCGUGUUGCAUAUGAAGUUUUAAACAAUAUAAGUUCAGUUGAUUUGCUGUACGAUGAAAGGAAAAAACAAAGGACAGUUGGCAUAUAUCAAGCCGAGCGCUUGAUUGCUCGCAGGAAAGACAGAGAGGUAUGAAAUAGAGCAGUAAAAAUUUGGGUCAUGUCACUCAUGUGUUUAUAUAAUUUUCGCAUUAAAUAAAAUAUGAAAUGCAGGACUUUUGUGCAACACUAUAGUCCAGGUAGACAUGUUGCAUUAAUAUCAAUAGUCUCACCAUAUCUUGUUUCCUCACUCAAGGGAUGGAAGUACUUCGUUAAAUGGGCUGGUUAUAGUUCAUUUGACAACACUUGGGAACCUCAAGGACAUCUUUCUCCAGCGUUGUUGAGGUAUGUAUUUAUAAAAAACGUAGAAGCGUGUAGUAAGAUGAGAUAUUUGUUUUAAAACAACUGUUUAUAAUUGAAAUGUUGACAAUGAAAUUUUCCAUACAGGUCAAAGGUAACACAGUGUUUGAGAAAGGCUUAAUUCUAUAGUGCAUACAAUUUAAAUCUUGUAUUCAUUUUUUAUUAGGUAUUUUGAAAAGCCUGAUCCUUCACAAGAUGUUGUACUUGACUGCAUGGACAGUUUACGGAGGGAGAUUUUGAGCUGCCUCAAACGAAAGGACCUCAACAACGAAUUUCUAUAG